GUGAAAGUAUAAUUAUGUUAUCUUUUCUGCUUCAUUUCAUCCCAUCAGAAUGGAAGAAGCCCAUCACCUUCUCGUACGUUGCAGAUACUUCAUAAAUAAAGCAGCGACGUGUAACAGCUGAUCCGUCUUCUGGGGUCAACGCCCUGAGACAGAUUCUCCCACCACCUGCUUCGCCACGCGACACUGGAAUAGGUCAGUGCGGUAAGAGCAUACUAUGAUGUAAUAUUCCUACCAGUAAUGAGAGAUGGUGGUGGAACUGAGGGACAGUGGUGGGAUGCAUAAUUGCGAAUCGCGGAAUCGAUCAUCGAUCCAGCAAUUGCAAAUUGAUUAUGGACGGAGUCACGGACAUACGUAAAGGUAUUGAAAAAAUGGAUCUAGUUCGAAAUGCAACAAAAGAGGAAGAAGCUGGAACAUCCGCAGAAUUGACAGAAAAGACAGAAAUAAGAAAAGAAGAAAAAGAAAAAAGAAAAGAGGAAAGAGAAAAAAAAGGACAGGAGGAAGAGGAAAGAAGCACGGAAAAAAAACAUGCGCUUUCUAAAAAUAAAAUUAGAAAACUCCUAAAGCGUCUUUUACAUAAUGAAGUACGGCGUAGUCGCGGCCGCGGAGGAGGACGCCGCUCCGGGUGGCGGCGUGGAGGCCGCGGAGGAAACCACCCCGGGUGGCGGCGCGGCGGUAUGAAUAAAAACUACUUCAUCAUUAAUCAAAACAGAUAA